CAGGUAUAUAGGUUGGUGCACAAGAUGAAGCACCACUUGAUGAUAGGGACAUGGACACCUCCCGGAGCUAUCUUCACUGUCGAAUUUGACGAUGAAGCAUGGACCUUGAAAUUGGUCAAGAGAACGUCCAUACCUGAAGAUGAGCCCAUCUCAUGGAUGACCUUUGAUCACCAAAGAAAGAACAUCUAUGGAGCUUCUAUGAAGAAGUGGUCCAGUCACGCCGUGACAGCACCGGACAACAUCUCACAUGAAGUCUCUCAUCCCAUGAGCCAUGAUCCCCGAGCACAAAGUGCUGAUACCCGGACCAGGGCCAUCUUCAUUCUAGCAGCAAAGAAGCCGCCUUACUGCGUCUAUGGUAACCCAUUCUACGAGCAUGCGGGUUACGGCAACGUCUUUUCUGUCGACAGUACUGGCAAGCUGGAUGAGAACAUCCAAAACUACGAAUACAGCGAAAAGUCCGCCAUCCACGGAAUGGUCUUUGACCCGACCGAGACGUAUCUCUACUCGGCAGAUAUGUGGGCGGACAAGAUCUGGACACACAAAAAGGCCAGCGACGGCACUCUCACCUUGGUCGGCAGCGUCGAUGCACCUUCCGCCGGCGACCAUCCUCGAUGGGUUGACAUUCAUCCGAGCGGACACUAUUUGUAUGUGUUGAUGGAAGCUGGGAACAGGCUCGGUGAGUAUGUCAUUGACGAGAAAACUCAUAUGCCUGUUUUUACGCACAACAUCUACCCGUUGGUUCCACCAGGUGUUCGAGAUCUCAAGAAGAUGUACAGAUCAGACGUGGUGUUUUGUUCCCAGAGUGGAAAACAUCUCUUCGCCACGGCCAGAUCCAACUCGUCCAGUGUGACGGGUUAUAUCAGUGCCUUUAGACUUGGACCACAGGGACAAAUCGAGCGUCAACUAUGUAUCAGCCCAACGCCCAACAGUGGUGGCCAUUCGAACGCCAUUGGUGUAUGUCCUUGGACGGAUGAGUGGUUGGCUUUGACGGAUGACCAAGAUGGUUGGAUCGAGAUUUACCGGUGGCACGAUGAGUAUCUUUCCAGAGUGGCUCAUCUGGAUAUCAAGGAGCCUGGGUUUGGGAUGAAUGCGAUAUGGUAUGACUAAGCCAGCUGCUCUAGUAACUGGUCUACAGCAUGUUCGUAGCAUAGGAGUGCCUAGAGUACUCGUAGCUCCUGUACAACGCGAAUAUCGGAUUUUGGGGUACG